AUGCAUGCUGUUGGUAUUAAUUUCACCGAUGAGAUUCACGAAUGCAUUUCGGAGACCAUCGUGGCCAAAUUACCUAACUCAAUGGAAACGACUCUGGCUAUCUUAGAAACCAAACGACCUUUGAAGACAAAGGUUGUCUUGGAUACACUAGAGGCUCACCUGGUUGAAUACAACGAACGUCAUCGAAACGACAACGACUCAGUUGCUCUGGCCACCAGUCGUCCACCUCCACGUCAAUCUGGCAGACGUUAUCCAUAUCCCACUUGCUCAAAUGGACGUCACAACCCUGCCGUGACUGGUUAUGUUCACGAUAAAUGUUGGAUUGCCUUUCCACAUUUACGACCAGCCAAUCUCCCUCGCAUUUAG